GCCACACAGGACAGCAGCCGCCAACACACACACAGCCCGCUUGACCCUCCUGCCACAGCGAUGACCUUGUUGGUGCACGCCCUGGUCUGCCUGCUGGGCACCGGCUCUUGGGUGGCCAUCAACGGCAUGUGGGUGGAGCUGCCCCUCAUCGUGCCCAGCGCCCCAGAGGGCUGGUUCCUGCCGUCCUGCCUGACCGUCAUCACCCAGCUGGCCAACGUGGGGCCCCUGGCCGUCACCCUGGCGCACCGAUUCCUCCCGGGGCGGCUCAGCGAAGUGGGCAUCAUCUACGCCAUCCUCUCCCUCGGCUCCCUAGCCUGCCUGCUGCUGGCCUUCUUCUGGGGGGAGACCAGCGUGGUGGGCGGCUCCCCCCGGAGCGUGGCCCUCCUCAGCCUCUUCUUCCUCCUGGCCCUGGUUGACUGCACCUCCUCCGUCACCUUCCUGCCCUACAUGCAGAGGCUGCGGGCGCCCUACCUCAGCACCUACUUUGUGGGCGAGGGGCUGAGCGGCCUCCUGCCAGGGCUGGUGGCGCUGGGGCAAGGGGUGGGCACGCUCCGCUGCGUCAACGGGAGCCGGCAGGGCAACGGCACGGGCCUGCGGGCAGAGUACCAGCCGGCCCGCUUCUCCGCCACUGCCUUCUUCCUCUUCCUCUGUGCCAUGAUGGGCUUUUGCCUGGCUUCCUUCCUCCUCCUCAACCACCUGCCAGCUGCCAAGCGGGAGCAGGCCAAGGAAAAGUACCGGGUGCGAGUCCAGAUGGAGGUGACGGGCAGCGGGCGCGCCACGGUGGAGGAGCGGCCCAGGCUCAGCGACCCCGCGGGAAGCCUCUUCGGAUCCGGAACCUACUCCUGGCAGCAGGUAGCCUACAUCUUUGGGCUGCUGGGCUGGGUGAACGCCCUGACCAACGGCGUCCUCCCUGCGGUGCAGUCCUACUCCUGCCUGCCCUAUGGAAACAGCGCGUACCACCUCUCUGCCACGCUGGCUGCCUUGGCCAACCCCCUCGCCUGCCUCCUGGGGAUGUACCUGCCCAGCAGAUCCUUUUUGCUCAUGGGAGUCUUGUCCCUUGCCGGAUCCCUGUUUGCUUGCUACAUCAUGGCCAUGGCGGUGCUCAGCCCUUGCCCUCUUCUGCUGCACGGAUCCCAUGGAGUCGUCCUCAUUAUCCUCUGCUGGGUGCUCUUUGUCGGCCUCCUCUCCUACGUCAAGCUGAUGAUCGGGGUGGUCUUGCGGGACGAGGGGCACAGCGCCCUGGUCUGGUGCGGGGCGAUGGUGCAGCUGGGCUCCAUGGUGGGGGCCCUCCUCAUGUUCCCCUUGGUCAACGUCUACAACCUCUUCCGCUCCGGAGACCCUUGCAACACCAGCUGCCCUGUCUAGAGGGGUCUCAGAGGCCCACGACUUCCGGCCAAAACCGCCUGUGAGCCAAGGAUGGUCGCGCAGUCUCAACAACCCCGAGGGAACUUGGCACACAGUGUCUAGAACCCUGCACAGCUGCAUCAGAUCGGGUGGACCUGCGACACAGUGCUUUGUACCUGGGGAGAUGCUGUAACUGCACCCACCCCUGUGAUUGCUGCAAUUGCUGUGUGGAAAUGUGCUUGCACAAGUGUCACGGGCACAGAUUGUGCAUCGUUUGCAGUUCAUGGCAAAUGGCAUCGAGAGCUGCCCCUGCUGAGCCAACUCAUGCGCAAGAGCAGCCCAGCUCAAAGCAGGGCAAUGAAGGGCUCCACUGGGCGGCUGGACCAGCUGCUGCCGCUGCAUCAUUCUAGCCCAGGGAGGCCACUUUCCUUGCCCUGACACCAGAGACGGAUGUGGGAGGCAGCACAUGGGGACCAAGCAUUACUGAGCUACAGCUCACCUCUAUCGCUUCUGCAAAUCUGUGAAUUACAUUUUCACUGUGUUUUGUUUUUUCAAUUCGUUGGAGGCUCUGAUGUUCUAACAUACCACUCGGACUGAAAACAACUAAGCACCCAUCUGCAAAAGCUGACCCCCAAACCCUUAGGGUCCACCAUGGGUUCAGAUAACUCAUCGUCACCCUGUUUGCAUGUCAGGGGCAGCCCCACUCGAUGGUUUAGCAUCAAUGCUCCCUUCUGGGCUGUUUCUUUCCUCCUCACUCACACCUGGAGGAAACAAACCACGGUCCCUGGGAUGGCCUUAUGCUUGGAUCGGGAACUGUCCUUUGUUUUGCUUCAGCAAACCACAGUCUGCAGAGCUACGGAUUCUGGUUUGUUUGGAGAGAAGCAAACCAUGCAGGUCACGCUAAGCCAGAGAUGGUGGUUUGUUGCAUGAACCAGGGAGAGCAAAAGGAGUGAGAUGAAUUUAUGCACACUAAGCAAAGGUUUCUGGCAGGGGUGGGGAAGCUG